AGUACGCACAUUUGCGCACCACCGGAUACCAAACUGCACCACAAUUAUACCGCCGGCCGCCGAAACCCUAGGGAUAACUCCACCUCCUCCUCCUCCUCCUCCGCCGCCGCCGCCGCUCGCCGGAUGUCCGAUCCAUUAAUGAAAGGCUGCUGCCACGUGGUGGCGAUACCGUACCCCGGCCGCGGCCACAUCAACCCUAUGCUCAACCUCUGCCGCCAAAUCCUGAAGAAGCGACCGGAAAUCGUCGUCUCCUUCAUCGUCACGGAGGAGUGGCUCGGCUUCCUCCCGCCGCCGCCGCAUCGGAGCUUGAGUUUCCACACAAUUCCGAACGUGAUUCCCUCCGAGAUCGGCCGAGCCAAGGACUUCGCCGGCUUCAUAACUGCCGUUCGCACCAAAAUGGAAGCGCCGGUCGAGCGGCUCCUCGACCGACUCCCGCCGCCGAAGCCAAAGGUGAUUGUCUACGAUACGUACUUGAGCUGGGCGGUGGCGGUGGGAAAUCGGAGGAAUAUUCCGGUGGCGUCGUUUUUCACAAUGUCUGCUACUGUCUUCUCCAUCUUUCAUCACUUCGAUCUCAUUGUUCAAAACGGGCAUUUCCUUUCCGGCUCACCAGAUGAAGGGGCAAAAGAUGAAGUAAUAGAGUAUAUUCCGGGAAUCUCUUCAAUAAGAAUAGGCGACCUUCCCACACCCUUUCAUGGCAAAGGCAAAGAAGUUUUACCUAUAGCCUUAGAAGCCAUUAAAUUGGCAGCUUCCAAUUCCCAAUUUCUUCUCUUCACCUCUAUCCACCAAUUGGAAUCUCAAGUUCUUGAUUUCCUAAAACAAUCUUUACCUACCAAACUCUAUUCCAUCGGCCUUUCCAUACCUCAAUUCUACGACGAUGACGACGACGACGAGGCGAGGCCCGGGUACAUGCAAUGGCUGGACGCUCAGCCACUCGGCUCCGUAUUGUACAUUUCGCAGGGAAGUUUCCUCUCGGUAUCGAGCGCGCAGCUCGACGAGAUCGUAGCGGGGGUGCGGGAUAGCGGCGUAAGGUUUAUGUGGGUCGGUCGGGGGGAGGAUUUGGCGGCGAUCGGGAAUAGUAACGGGAUUGUGGUGCCGUGGUGCGAUCAGUUGAGGGUGUUGUGCCACAGUUCGGUUGGGGGUUUCUGGUCGCACUGUGGGUGGAAUUCGACGAAAGAAGGGGCGUUUGCAGGGCUCCCGAUGCUCACAUUUCCGAUAUUUUGGGAUCAAGUUACGAAUAGUAAGAUGAUCGUUGAGGAUUGGGGGGUCGGGGUGAGAGUAAUGGGAGAUCGUAAUUAUGGGUUGGUUAGUAGAAAAGAGAUUGCGAGGAUUGUGGUUGAGGUUAUGAGGUCGGAGACGAGGGAAGCGAAUGAGAGAAAGAGACGAGCGGAAGAGAUUAGGGAUAUUUGUAGGGUUGCGAGUGAGGAUGAUGGAUCGUCGAGUUUAGAUCUUUUGGGGUUCAUCGAAGAUAUAUGUGAAUAGUAUUGAAAGUUAAUAUUUUGAUAUUAGUAUAUUAUUUGUCUUUGGAUUUGAAUGUAUGUUGUUGAAUGAUUUUAUUGAUUUUGUGGGUUUGUUUGAAUAAUCAUGUUUGAUGGAUAGUGCCUGAUGAAAAGUACUAAUAAUGCUACUAAUAAAAGUAAAAAAUUAUACU